UUCCUUCUCUGAGUUACUACAUGUAUGUUUAUUUUUUAUUAGUUUUAUAGUAAUUUAUUUAGUUUUUUCUUAUUUAAUUACUAAUUUGACCAAUUCCUAAUCCUAAUAAAUUUAGGAGUGUGGAACCAACACUUAAAUGGAAAAAAUCAAAAACCCCAAGUUAUAAAUAGGUGACGCACAAGUCAAUAAUCUCCAACCAGUGUCUCUUAGAAUUCCACCAUUAUCAUCGAUUCGGUCAAAUAAAAAUUGCCACCAAAUACCCAAUCAUAUAUCAGCACACCAUUCAACAAAUUUAAUAUACCAAACCCAUUCUCCCUUCUCUGUCACCUGCUCCAAAUCUCUAUAACAAAUCUGCGUUUCAAAGCUCUCUCAAAUUGCGUUUUCAAUGGCGGUAGCGAGUGGCUUUGCGACCUCUUUUGCGGUUUCAGAGACAGGUGGCAGUUUCAAUUGCGAUAACUUAAGUUCUACGUCUACUCCUUCUUCUGUGGAUUGUUUUCGUCAUCAAGUUAGAUUUUUUGGGAGUGGAAGAAGAAUUAAGCCGUUGGUUUAUUGGACGAAAUCGCAUUCUUUGAGGCCUAGAUGUGAGGUUGCGAGUAACUCGGUGGUUAAUAAUGGUGAGAAGGAAUUUAAAAGAUCGAGUCUUUCUGCUUUGGAGCUUUUGAAAACAUCUGCUGCUGAUCGAUAUUCAAAGAUGAGUAGCAGCAUCAUGGUUAUUGGACUUAACAUUCAUACGACACCAGUUGAAAUGCGAGAGAAACUUUCUAUCCCAGAAGCACAAUGGCCUCAAGCAAUUCGUGAACUAUGUUCCUUGAAUCAUAUAGAGGAAGCUGCUGUAUUGAGUACUUGUAACAGAAUUGAAAUAUAUGUUUCGGCGCUCGCCCAAAAUCGUGGAAUUAAAGAAGUGACCGAGUGGAUGUCUAAGUAUAGUGGAGUUCCAGUUACAGAGCUCUGCCAACACCGUUUUUUGCUAUACAAUCAAGAUGCAACACAACACCUAUUUGAAGUAGCUGCUGGACUAGAUUCCCUAGUCCUGGGAGAAGGUCAAAUUCUUGCACAGGUUAAGCAGGUUGUUAAGAAUUCACAAGGUGUCCCUGGCUUUGGCAGGAAAAUAAGUGAACUAUUUAAGCAUGCAAUCACAGCUGGUAAGAGGGUUAGAACUGAGACCAAUAUCUCCAGCGGAUCAGUUUCAAUCAGUUCGGCUGCAGUGGAGCUUGCUCUGCUGAAACUUCCAGAGUAUUCUUCUUCUAUGGCCCCCGUGUUAAUUGUUGGAGCUGGCAAGAUGGGAAAGCUUGUGAUCAAACAUUUGGUUGCUAAAGGGUUUAAAAAGAUGGUUGUAGUUAACAGGACCGAGGAAAGAGUUGCUGCCAUCCGUGAGGAGUUGAAGGAUGCUGAUAUAAUAUACAAACCUUUCUCAGAAAUGUUAGCAUGUGCUGCUCAGGCUGAUGUAAUAUUCACUUGCACUGCUUCAGAAGCUCCUUUAUUCAUAAAGGAGAGUGUUCAAGCUCUCCCUUCAGUGAACUCUGAAGACGGUGGUCGGAGGCUAUUUAUUGAUAUUUCUGUUCCUCGGAAUGUGGAGCCUAGUGUCUCAGAACUUGAAGGUGCAUGUAUUUACAAUGUGGACGAUCUUAAAGAGGUUGUGGAAGCUAAUAAGGAGGAUCGGUUGCGGAAGAAAAUGGAAGCUGAAGUCAUCAUUGCUGAAGAAGUGAAACAAUUUGAAGCACAUAAAAACUCCCUUGAGACCGUUCCAACUAUCAAAAAGCUCAGGGCAUAUGCUGAAAGAAUUAGGGCUGCUGAGAUUGACAAGUGUUUGUCUAAGAUGGGUGAUGAUCUCCCCCAAAACAAGAAGAAGGCUAUCUAUGAUCUCAGUCUAGGGAUAGUGAACAAGCUGCUACAUGGACCAAUGCAGCAUCUGAAAUGUGAUGGAACUGAAAACCGGACUUUGAGUGAGAUACUUGAAAAUAUGCAUGCGCUUAACAGAAUAUUUAGUCUUGAUACAGAGAUUUCUGUAUUGGAAGAGAAGAUACGAGCCAAGAUACAACAGAAUCAAAAGCUCUCUUCUUGAGGUUCUUUUGACAUUCAACAUUUUUUGAAUUAUUUUUUCCCCACGAAGAGGUCAAUUACUUUCAGCGAAGUUCAAUCAGGAAUAAUCACCAUGUUUCUGGCGGCUGGCUAGUUUUAACUGUAUCAAAUUAGAGCACCCAGGACACGAUGACAUUUUUUUAGGCCAUAGAUAGCAAUUACGGGAGGGAUUCCCUCAGAUUGCGGGAGAAUUUGUCGGUCACAAUUGUAUUUGUUACACAUAUAUGUUACAGAAAGAGUAUAUAGCUAUUUGUUGGAUCCAGAGGAGUAUUCUUAUAUCAAGUUCAUGAGGGCUUUGUGAAGCUUCUCGCUUUA